GGAGUCGAAGCAGCCAAUCAAAUCUUUUCUCGGCAUUUCUUCACAUUCGACACGUGCUCACUCUCGCUCUCAAAAUGCUUCGAACGAAACGGUUGUUGCUGUUUUCAGUGAUCGUAUUGACAUUGAGCGCACGAAGUGGAGAAAACAAGCUUUCACAAAAGCGGCAUUUUGAUUCUCGCUUGAAAUAGUGGUGCAACAAAUUACUUCACAUCACAACGUGUUAAGGUAUUUUUACGCUCACUUGCACAUCUCCGAUUACAAUCGACUCGAAUGAAACUGGCUCUAGGGUACGACGAAUUUUUGAAUGCGUAAACUUUAUCGACAGCACUCAGUUUAAACGAAAACUUUGUAAGGGACGGGCACGUCUGGCGGCUGGUGAAUCAGCAUGUAUCCGAGUGCAAUAGCAUACGUAUUGAAUUGUGUUUGGCACAAUAGUUGUCAACUGAAGCCAUUGGCGCUACUAAUUGUUUAGCCAAGUGACAACUCAUAUUUGAAUUUCACUGCCACUGAUAUUGUCGUUGAAUUGCUUUAUCUCGCGCGAUGUUUACCUUCAAGUCUUUAUUAAACUGAAGCUACGGCUAGAACCACUGUCAACACCUAAUGGAAUUAACGCCUUCGCGCGAUUAUUGAAACUUGCAGUUUGCUUGGUUAUGUAUGUAUGCAUAUAAUUCCCAUACAUACAUACAUACACACAUAGAUUACUUUACUAUAACGUUGUGAGUAUAUGCACAACUAUUUACUGUGUACAAAAGACAUACGCUGCACGAUCGGAUGGAACAGAUACAAUCAUCAUUAACACUUUUUGGAAAAUGAGUAAUAAAAGAGUUUGAGAGUUUGCGACUCGCGAGUUCGCGAUUUACAGAUGUGACAAUAUCGACACUUUAGCACCCGAAUUGUUAACGAGAACGCUAUACGAUUAUCGCGCUAAAAAGACCGAUAGACAAUCAGAGUGCCGACGUGACUUCAAAUUUGUUGACGAACUCCGCAUUUAUGAAAGCUGCAUAAAGACUUACGCACAUUCUGCAUGAUUGUGCUUAAAUUUGUUUUUAUAUUCGUGAAGGUAUGUGCAUAAAUGAGCAUUCAUACAUACGUUGUGGUGCCAACAGUGAUUAAAAUGUGAAAACCAAUUGCAAAUUAAGAAAUUAUAAUAAGAAAUUGGAGUCAAAUACCGCUAAAAGUUUAUUUGAGUAAAUAUUGAACGAGUAAAAAAGUUCUGGGCAAACAUCACCUGCUACUACAAAAACAAACAAUAUGAUGACGAUGAAUGAAAUAGUGGACUUGCGAAUUCAGCAACAAAUUGCACAUGAGAUCUAUCGACAACAAAUUAUGCAACGUAUUCCAGAUCCGUUCCCGCACAUGCUGCCCAUUCCGCUUCCGCGACACGUGAUAAUGCCACCGAGAAUCUCUUUGCCAGGAGUAGAGGUAACACUGCAAAACGAUCAGCUUUGGAAGCAGUUUCAUCAAAUUGGCACGGAAAUGAUUAUAACAAAGAGUGGCAGACGUAUGUUUCCCUCGAUGCGGCUUUCGCUCUCCGGCCUAGAGGAUGAGGCUAAUUACUGUGUUCUGCUGGAAAUGGUGCCGAUCGGCGAUUGUCGCUACAAGUUCUCAGGGUCACAAUGGAUGCCAGCCGGUGGUGCGGAACCUCAGAGCCCUCAACGGAUGUACUUGCACCCAGACAGCCCAGCAUCCGGAGCUCAUUGGCAGGCCCAGCCUAUCCUCUUUAACAAAGUGAAGCUCACCAAUAACACCCUGGAUAGCAAUGGCCAUAUUGUUUUGGCCAGUAUGCAUAAGUACCAACCACGUAUACACGUGAUCCGAACUGCAGAUUUAACUCAAAUACCCUGGGCGCCGCAGCAGGCAUUUUUAUUUCCCGAAACCGAGUUUGUGGCUGUAACCGCCUACCAGAAUGAUCGCAUCACUAAAUUGAAGAUAGACAACAAUCCGUUUGCGAAAGGCUUCCGCGAAACGGGCCAAUCGCGAAGCAAGCGUAAAAUGUCUUCAUCGCCUUCCGACGAGGACUCCGAACAACAGCAACAAUCCCAUCAACAAACAGGGCGCCACCACGGAGUAAGACAAUUGCAAUCGCAGCCUCAAGCACAUUCCCACAGUCAGCGUGGCGCUGUCUCGCCAACAAUGUUAACGUUUGCAGUGACCAGCGAGUCGGGAUCAUCAAUUUGUUCCGAUAAGGCAGCACAACCGAACAGCGAUGACAUCGCCUUUGUGGACGUUGACAUUGUAGCGGAUGCCGAUACCGAUGACGAUGGACCACAAAUUAAGCGCUUGAGAUCAAAUGAGUCUGCCGGCUCGAUAGCAUCGACACCGCUCGAAGAGAUGAUCGUUAAUGCGCAUGUGGGUAGCGAAUGUGGGUCUAAUUUAUUUGUGGCUGAAGAAACGAGUUUGCAACCGACAUUACUUGAAUGGUCACAGCUGUCGGAGCAAACUGCCAGUAUUGCCUUCGCCAACGGUGGCCACUCGUCGUUCAUGCAACAUUUGCAACAAAACAUGCAAUCAAUGCUUCGGCCAUCGCUGGUCGACUUGGCUUGCACCUACUUCGGCCGAUCACAGCCCGUUUACACACAACAUGCGCACCUACCACAUGUGGCUGCUGAAGAUCAAAACUUGUCCAUAGCGAUGCCACCAGCUUCCGAACAUUUUCCGUAUCCCUCGUUCGUGGAUGCAUCGAUGACAACACGUGCUAACGAAAUCCCUUCCCAUUCGCUUGCCACUGACACAGAGGACUUGCCACAGCGCGCCAUUGAAGAUAAUGAGAGAAAAACAGUACCUACUCUUCAGUCAAAUGUUACACAGGUGGUGCAACUGGAAAGCACAACGAGCCAUUCGCCACCAAAGCGGAAAGGAUUUAGCAUUUCGGCCAUUUUAGGAGGUGGCAGCUAGUACAACCAGCCUCCCUAUUCUUAAGAUUUAUAGGACAUAUGUAUAUAUUUAUGUGUAAAUAUCAGUAAGCAAUUUCCUUUUUAAAGAUAAUAGUUUUGUGAAAUUUGUCUUAAUAUAUGUUAAUGUAUGUGUAUUUGUAUUGUGUAGAUAUCUAUGUGCUUAACUGUAAAUAAGAGAAUCAUUAUCUACGAUCCCAGUCAUUUGAUAAUGUAUUGAGUAAUUUUAUUCAAUUCAGAGUAUUUUGGAACUGAAAGCGUUUUCUUUAAAAAAAGUUCACUCCAUUUUCGUAAUAAUGCCAUACGCCCCUAGCAAAUGUUACAUAUUUCAUAUAAAAAAAAAAAACAAGAAAUAUUCAACCCUUUCACAGAUUAUAUAUUCUAUUACAUACAUUUUUCACAACUAUUUUGACGAACUGGUGUACACAGAUAAAUUAAACUCAGCUGGACAACGCUCACCUUUUGAGAAAAGAGCACCAAAAUUGGGCAGCCCUGGAAGAAGGGCAGAAUAAAUGCAGCAUUACUACUACAAAAGAAAAUGCUUAUACCGGAGCAUUUUAGACUGACUGAUAAAAAACGCUCUAACGCUAAAAUCAAGUGCAAAUCCCAUAAAUGCAAUUCACAAUUAAGUGUAACUGAUCUGGCAUCAUGAGAAUGGCAAGUUACGUUGGCAAAUCCAAUAUAUAAAUCUUGCAUGCAAUGCCAUUCUAUACAGGGCCGUGGAGAGAGUAUUCGGGCCCCGGGGGAAACUUGAGAUGCGGGCCCCUUCAAAUUUUUUUUAUUUAUCAAAAUGCGUAUUAUGUUAUAGUGAUAUAACAUUUAAACAUUGAAACACUCAUUGAUAAAAUUUUCGAUAGAAUUAAUUAUGAAAUAUUGAUUAAAAUGAAUUUUAGAAAACUCUUCAGCAGAUCUGAAAUAAAUAACGCAACUGAAAAAGUUAAAAAUUUUUAUUCCUUUUGUGAGCCUUACAAAUAUUUGAAAGUGACGGCCACGAUGCUUAGAAUUUUGCUUUUCUUGCUUUAUUUGAGGCUAAAGCUCUUAUAAUAUCAUCGAAGUCGAGUUUCCUUGCUAACUCAGAUUCCAAAUACAAAGUUGCCAAUCCUGUUACUCGACUCUGAGUUGAACAAGAACGAUGGUAGUCUUUGAUCCUUGAUAAAGCGCUGAACGAUCUUUCGGCGCCGGCAACCGAUACUGGCAGGGUGCAGAAUAUUAAAAAAUGGAAUUAAAAAAAAAAAGAAAAAAAGAAUUAAAAAAUUAUUUAUAUAAUAAUAUACCCAGUGAAAAAUCAAAAAUUUCUAGUCUAUAAAAAGUAUUAUUGCUAUCUCUACAUUUAAUUCUUUAUCAACGUAAGGACAAAUUGCUUUAAAGAAUAACUCCGUUUCAAAAUUGGUCUUCAUUUAAAAUACAACUAUCUAAAUUUAAUCUAAUCAUCACUAUAAUUAUUAAUUACCUUAUAAAUCAGUAGCAUAAAAUGUUCCAUUUUAAUAAGAGCUCAAUAACAUACACUUUUGUAUCACCAUAUUAUAUUUAUUCUUCGUAAUCGUGAUCAUAACGUUCGAUAUGGUGACACCAAACAAAGUCUGUGACGGAACUCUGGUAGAAGUAUUAUUUACUAUAUUUUUUCAAGCAGGAAAUUUCUUGGAAUUACCCUCGAGUCCGGGCCCCUCUGAAAACUCCGGGCCCGGGGAAAAAAAGUAAAAGUAAAAAAGAAACUUAUCAGUAGGUCACACUGGGUUUAAAAAUUUUGCAAACUCGUUUUUAUAAAUUUGGUUCAUAUUCAAUAACUGCCCUAAAGAAAUAUGCUGACCAACACCCGAUUGAAUAAGAGGCUCGAUAUUCGGGAUAUUUCCAAAAAAUUUCGUUCCGAUUUAAUUUAAGUUACUCAAAGUAUUGAAAAUUUCGGAAAAAACAUAUUCAACUUCUAUCCGCAUAUUAGGCUCCCAAAGUGACUACGUCGCCAUAUAAUCAAUGACAAUGAAUAUUUUACUUAUGACGAGCUCUCUCAAUCAGUAGAUCUUUAAUCAGCAGGUCCUGGAGAAAUGCAGUGGAUGAGAUAUUUUGCGACCUAUAUUUAAGGCGUUACAUUUAGAUGAAGCAAAAAACGAUGACAGGUAAUCAGCAGGUCCUGAAAAAAUUUAGUCCAUGAGAUAUUUUACAGCAUGGCUUUUACCCUGUACCCAACACAUUUAUUUGAUAGCAACUCUGCGUUUGGUGCGCAUUUAAUUCUGUGGGCAAUUAAAAGCAGUCGAUUUCAUGCCGAAAUUGAUUUAUUUCACAUUAUUCAUGAUAUAUACUCGUAGAUUAUAUUUAGGUAA